CAAAGAAGGGAUUGGGGGGCGGGGCCAAGAUUAAUUGUGAGCGUGUGAUUUGAAGCUGUCUUGCUACGUAAACACAACACUAGAAGAAGACUGGGUUGAAGAUCUUCUAGUUUACGUACUUGGUGGACCGGUCUGCCAGCGGGAAUGCUCAAUCCUCAAAGAUCUUUAUCUGAACUCUCAAAUAUGUCGGGUCCAAGCCAAGCCGAGAGGGCUGUUUUGGAGGAGGAGUUUAACUGGUUGCUGAAGGAGGAGGUCCAUGCUGUUUUGAAGCAGCUCCAGGAUAUACUCAAGGAGGCAUCCAGGAGGUUCUCCAUGCCCACCCCUGGACUGGAGAGCCAACUGAAACAGGAGAACUUCAUCCUGGGCAGCUCAACACAUCAUCAACAACAGUUUUCUAAUCUGCCGGGAUUUGAGUCUAUGACAAGCAUGGACCAGGUGAAAGGAGUACUGACUCUACAGGGAGAAGCCCUGACUCAAGCUGACAUCAAUCUGAAAACUGCUAAAAGCAACCAAGUGAUGCAUUUCACAUUCAGGGAUGAUAAGCACUGGAAAUUGCAACAGAUCCAGGAUGCUAGGAACCAUGUCAAUCAGGCUCUGCAGCUGCUGAGUAGUAGAGAUGAGAGUUACCACUUCAAGACUGGGGCUGAGGUCAACAAGCUGAUGGACGCGGUGAUGCUGCAGCUGACCAGGGCUCGUAACCGCCUCACCACUCCAGCAGCCAUGACCCUGCCGGAGCUGGCCACCAGCGGCCUCACAAAGAUGUUCACUCCUCCGAUGCCAGGUGAUGUGAUGGUGAACUUCUAUAUCAACCUGAGUAAGCUGUGCCUGACUGUCUACCAGCUGCACCCAAUGCAGCCCAACACCACCAAGAACUUCAGGCCAUCUGGAAGCUCUGUGUUACACAACCCUGGAGCCAUGUUUGAGCUGAACAAUGCUAAGUUUGAAGUGAGCCAGGUUCACAAGGUGGAGUGUGUUGUCCCCUGGCUCAACAACACACUGCUCUUCUUCACCAUCUCACUGCAGCUCUGUCAGCAGCUCAAGGACAAGAUUUCAGUCUUCUCUAGUUUCUGGAACUACCGACCCUUCUAACCAACUGCCGCUAGCUGACCAUCAGAAUGGCUAGGUGUUUUAACCAACUGCCGCUAGCUGACCAUCAGAAUGGCUAGGUGUUCUGUCCAAAUCCUUCACACCAACCAACCAACCAACCAACCCACCCAGAUAAAAGGGAUGUCUUGGAAAAUAUUGUCUGAUUGAAGUGGGUUUUGUUUGUAUAAUUUACAGGAGAACAGCCGGAUCAAACUCCAUAUAUAUAUUACCAGUGUUUAGUAUUCCAGGGUUUAGAGCCCAUCCAUGUGUUACAGCUGCUUUAAUUCAGUCCCACAUCAACCCCUAGACCCUAACACCUACUCCCUACUUGUGGAGAAAGUAUUGGAGGAAGCAAUAUGGUGGAGCUACUACCAUAUUACAAUAUCUAUCCAAUAUAUUCAGUGUUUCCCCUAGCUGUGGGGGUGGGGUGGGGGGGUUGUUAGCGCAUUGACUGGAAGUCUAUGGGAACAGCAUGACUUCCAAAGACUUCAUCAUUGCGCUAAUGCAAACUGCAUGCCAAGACAUAAAAAUUGUAUUCAUGAGUUAAUCCGACCUUGGGUAAGUAGAAAAAACCGCUUAAUUGCCAAAAUCUUCCACUAUCCAUUUAAAAACCCAUCUUGGCAGAAAUAUACUGUAUGUUUAAAAAAUAAAAUGUCUUUGGAGUGGGGGCAAAGAUUGAGUAUAGGGGAAACACUGCAUUCAGAUCUAGACAAGUAGGGACUAGGGGUUGAUUUAGGAUUGGGUGCAUGUAUCUCUCUGUGCAUUUUGUUAUAUAGUACUAACUUGGUUGGACCUCCCUGUUUAUAUAGUACUAACUUGGUUGGACCUCCCUGUUGUAUAGUACUAACUUGGUUGGACCUCCUUGUUGUAUAGUACUAACUUGGUUGGACCUCCCUGUUGUAUAGUACUAACUUGGUUGGACCUCCCUGUUGUAUAGUACUAACUUGGUUGGACCUCCCUGUUGUAUAGUACUAACUUGGUUGGACCUCCCUGUUGUAUAGUACUAACUUGGUUGGACCUCCUUGUUGUAUAGUACUAACUUGGUUGGACCUCCCUGUUGUAUAGUACUAACUUGGACCUCCCUGUUGUAUAGUACUAACUUGGACCUCCUUGUUGUAUCGUACUAACUUGGACCUCCCUGUUGUAUCGUACUAACUUGGACCUCCCUGUUGUAUCGUACUAACUUGGACCUCCUUGUUGUAUCGUACUAACUUGGACCUCCUUGUUGUAUCGUACUAACUUGGACCUCCUUGUUGUAUCGUACUAACUUGGACCUCCUUGUUGUAUCGUACUAACUUGGACCUCCCUGUUGUAUAGUACUAACUUGGUUGGACCUCCCUGUUGUAUAGUACUAACUUGGUUGGACCUCCCUGUUGUAUAGUACUAACUUGGUUGGACCUCCGUUGUAUAGUACUAACUUGGUUGGACCUCCUUGUUGUAUAGUACUAACUUGGUUGGACCUCCCUGUUGUAUAGUACUAACUUGGACCUCCCUGUUGUAUAGUACUAACUUGGACCUCCUUGUUGUAUCGUACUAACUUGGACCUCCCUGUUGUAUCGUACUAACUUGGACCUCCCUGUUGUAUCGUACUAACUUGGACCUCCUUGUUGUAUCGUACUAACUUGGACCUCCUUGUUGUAUCGUACUAACUUGGACCUCCUUGUUGUAUCGUACUAACUUGGACCUCCUUGUUGUAUCGUACUAACUUGGACCUCCUUGUUGUAUCGUACUGACUUGGUUGGACCUCCUUGUUGUAUCGUACUAACUUGAACCUCGUUAUGAAUCAAUGGAGCAACUUGUCUUGUUAUUUUUUUUAGUCUGAAACACUCGUUACAGAACACUAACGUUUCUCCUCUCCACAUACUUAUACCCUUUUCACACUAUAAUACCGACCAAAAACGUACUGUACUGGCUCGGAUAUUUUAUAUUAAAAUGUAUAAUUAAAACACAUUAUCUUCUCCUACACGGUUCCAGCAUCUAUGGUUAAUGCCUAACCAGGCCAGCUCAGUACAGCUCGGUUUGCUCAGCUCAGUAGUGUGAAAAAGGGUAUUGGAAACAAAUUUGUCAAGCAGAUUGUCAUACUGUGGUAAACAAUACUGAUAUUUUGUGUAGACUACACUACUCAGAAGUAUACGCUUUGUGACAUGAAAACGGUGUUAACGUAAAACUUGUAGGUUUCUGACUCUAUACUUGACAUAAAGCAUCAUUCCAAGGAAUAUAAAGGAAAACAUACAUUCUCAGCUUUGAACGGUAAACGGUCAUGCCUCCUCAACGCUAAGCUAUUAUUCUGUUAUUAAUCGUAGUAUCAGUUCAUUUCAAUGUAUGUGUUGUUUGCUAAUGUGUUUAUUUAUUCAAUUGUUUAUUUUUGCACUUAUCUUACUUUGCCUCUGAUUCCCUGUGAAGUGAAUAUCCAUUCCAAUACUGAACAAAAUUAAUUAUCACUGCAAGUGUUAAUAAAAACGUAUUUUGAGAUA